ACAUGAGACUCGAAGGUAAACUGAGACUAAACUUCCAUGGCAUAUAUUAUUACAUGUAGUAUCAUUAUUAUUUUGGCAACACUGACAGUUCAGUUUCAAAUUUGUUGUGUGAGGUUCCAUACUUGCUGACGUGAAGGAUUUUUUACCAGUAAUUAUGUCUUCGCGAAGACGAAGAGUUCUCGGGGCGAAACCCUACCGAAAUUAUAGUGAGGACACUUUGAAAGUUGCUAUGGCAGCAGUUGACACUGGCAUGACUUUGAGGGAAGCGGAAGAAAAAUUUAAAAUACCUCGAGCAACUUUAAAUAGAAAACACCGAAGGUUACAAUUAAACAAAGUCGGCCGUCCUAAAGUUUUCAGUGAAGCUCUGGAGGAAGUCUUUGUGCAAUCAAUCAUUACAGCUGCUGCUUGGGGAUAUCCACUAUCAGGUUUAGACCUAUCUUUACUCGUGAAAUCACAUCUAAAUAGGCUAGGUCUAAAUGAGACACGUUUCAAAGGUAACUUACCGGGACGAUAUUGGCUGGAAGGUUUUCUACGGCGCCAUAAAAGCACUUUAUCUGUAAGGCUCUCAGAAAAUAUUAAACGCCAAAGAGCUGGAGUUACGCAGGAGACAUUAAAAUCAUACUUCCAAGAAUUAAAAACCACCUUCGAGGAUGUAGAUCCGGCCGCAAUAGUAAAUUUUGACGAGACUAAUAUGUCUGAUGACCCGGGACGCCAGAAAGUGUUGGUACGUCGAGGUAUCAAGCAUGCUCAUAAAAUCAUUGACUCAUCAAAAUCAAGUACCUCCGUAAUGUUUGCUGGGACAGCGUCAGGUGUUCUGCUUCCACCGUACGUCGUUUAUAAAGCGGAACAUUUAUAUAAUACUUGGACGGAAGGAGGACCUCCAAAUACAGUUUACAACCGAUCUCGGAGUGGAUGGUUUGACACUACAAUAUUUGAGGAUUGGUUUUUGAAGGUCAUUAUUCCUUAUGUUGAAUCGUUUAAUGGCAGAGGACCCGUGGUUGUAAUUGGUGAUAUUCUGAGCAGUCAUUUUUCAUUAGAUGUGAUACAAAAGUGUACUGACUAUAAUAUUAAAUUUGUUUGUUUAACGGCAAAUAGUACGGGGUUGUGCCAACCCCUCGAUGUAGCAGUGUUUCGACCAUUAAAAAUAAAAUGGAGGUCUGUUCUGCUGUCUUGGAAGGAAAAAAAUAGAGGAGUAAUGCCGAAGCAUGUUUUUCCGAGGCUUUUGAAGCAAACUCUGGAUAAUAUAGAAAAUAUGGGCAAAAAUUUGAAGUCCGGAUUUGAAGCAGCUGGGAUAUAUCCAAUUAAUGAAAAAAGAGUCUUAGAUAGAUUGCCUACACAGGAAGAUCGUUAGAAACGUUUAAAAUGUAUCUCGAAGAUAUGCGAACAAAAGAAUGCAGCACAGCCCCGAAGAAAAAAAAGGUGGCAGUUAUUCCAGGUAAAGGUGUAACAGUGGAGGACUUAUCCGAAUCAUUAAAGACUAAGACGAAACGUAAUAAAACGAAAAAACAAAAAAAAAAGAUCGUCGAUGAUGAAAGCACUUCCUGCAGUGAUUUAGAAGAAUGGAGGGAAGCAGUUUUGAAUACUGCAAACUCAUCAUCCGUUGACAAUAAUGAGUUCGACACAGUGUUUUUUGAUGAUGUUCAUGACAUGUUUCCUGAUGAUGAUGAAAGAUCGGCGUCACCACGUAUAACUAACAUCCCACAUAAUGAGAACCAAGAAAAUGAAGAUCCACUCAAUGUAGACCAAUCGGUCUAUACUGACGAACAAUUUAAAGUUUCUGUACCUAGUGAUGGUGGUGCUGGUUGCUCUAAAGAUAUCGAUACAGAAAUUGUAAAUAAUUCGGAGAUUUCACCAGAUUCUUUUGUUGUUGUAGAAUUACUCUACAAUGAGAAUACGAAAAAACAAACUGAAAAGAAAACUUCUUACUCAAUUGCUCAAGUUACGAACAUGGUUAGCGACGGAAAAGUGACCUGUCGCUUCAUGAGAUGUUUUUCAGCUACAAAGGGUAUUUACAUAUUUCGAGCAGUGGAUGACAUGAUGACAAUUGACACUUCUCGAAUAAUAAAUACAAUUAAGCCCACUCAAGUGAAAAGGGGAAAAUACAUUUUUAAUAUUAAUAUUUAAUUAUAAGACUAAUAAAAUUGUGUAAAAUAAUAUUUUUUGUGCGCACUUCAAAGCGUAGGUAUGCCUAGGUAUAGCCUAUGUAUCGCAAUAAAACGUUACUAAUAGCUUAGACUCCAAUUUUGAU